AUGUCGCCGUCACGCAAGAGGCAACGGACAGAAGUAGAAGGCAGCAGUACAAAUGGCACCAAUGGACAUGCCAAUGGAACAGAAGACAGCUUCACGCCCAUAAAACAAUUGGACAUCAAUCAGGAUCCAGAUCGUGUAUUAUUCGCAUACUGGGUUCCCAAUGUCUCUGGUGGUCUUGUGGUUUCUAAAAUACCCCAAAAAACAAAUUGGGAUCUUGCAUCAAACGUGCGGUACGCCAGGACAGCCGAGGAAUAUGGAUUCGAGUAUGCGCUCACUCAAAUCCGCUUCACGGCAUCAUACGGAGCCGACAAUCAACACGAGAGUGUUUCCUUUUCCCAGGCCUUACUGCACAGUACCGAACGCCUCAAAUUGAUUGCUGCUAUACUCCCCGGCAUAUGGAACCCCACCGUUGCAGCAAAACAGCUUGCGAGUAUCGAUAACUACAGCAAUGGCCGCAUUGCUGUAAACAUGGUUUCAGGCUGGAACAAGGGCGAAUUUACUGCCGUCGGACAGUGGUGGCUCGAACACGCUGAGCGCUACAGACGCACCAACGAGUUCAUCCGCGCCCUGAAAGGCAUCUGGACCGCCGACGACAAGGGCUUUUCAUUUGCCGGAGACUUUUACCAAUUCCACGACUACAAACUGGCCCCCAAACCGCUCCAAAAGCCGCACCCAGAAAUCUUCCAAGGCGGCAACAGCGACGACGCGCGCCACAACGGCGCAGAGGUAAGCGACUGGUACUUCAUGAACGGCAACGACCUGGACGGGUUCCGCGAGCAAAUCGCCGACGUCAAGGCUCGCGCCCGCAAGUUCGGCCGCGAAGACAGCGUGCGCUUUGGCGUCAACGGCUUCGUCAUCAUCCGCGACACCGAGGACGAAGCCAUCCGCGUGCUCAAAGAAAUCCAGGGCAAAGCCGACGUCGAGGCUGUAGAAGCGUUUCGUGGGGCCGUCCAGCAGGCUGGUGCCAGCACGGCGAAUAAGAAGGGCAUGUGGGCGAAUAGCUCGUUCGAGGAUUUGGUGCAGUAUAAUGAUGGGUUCAAGACGAAGCUUAUUGGCACAAAGGAGCAGAUUGCCGAUCGCAUUUUACUGCUGAAGAGCUUGGGCGUGGACUUGGUGCUUACGGCGCAUUUGCAUUAUGAGGAGGAUAUUGAGAGGUUUGGCAAGGAAGUAUUGCCGCUAGUGAGGAAGUUGGAGUCCGAGGGGAGGGGAAAGGAUGCUGAGGAUGAGAUAAGGAGGACGGGACAUGUGUAUCAGAAGGUUGUGAAGUAA